AACAUUCCAGCAAGUGCGCGUCUAUGUGAACUAACGUUUAAUUUUUUGAAAGACAAUUAAAUUAAUUGGUGUAAUUAAACCGAGUCUGACCGUUUCGGCGGAUCUCCUCAACUGUGAAGAUGCAGUUGAAACACAUGAAAACGUUGUUACCGCCUAUGGUAAAAUUUGAUAUUAAAUUUAAAGGGCUCACUUGUCUAAUAAAAUAUAAUUUACUUGAUGAGUUGAUCUUACCUUGUUGACUGUGACUACUACUACUGAGUCUACAGGAGAGAGUGAUUAGUUUCACAUGAAAAUUGUAGAGGGCCUAAUGAGUAUUGCUCUAAACAAUUUUAGUAGGCCUAUUUACUAUUAUUUAAUUGACCAGGUUAAGUUAUAGGGUUAUAUUAUACUUAAAUUAGUGGGUGAUUAAAAUUAAAAGUUUAAAUCACUGGGCUUGGGUCCGGUCAUUUCGGUUGUGGAGCUCUGCUCACACUCUAUAAUAUUGAUGUUAUAGUUGUAUUAUAACUUAAAAAUUAAAUUCAAUGGAAAAUUAAAACACCAAAACAUAAUAAUUUACUUUAAAAAAUAUUCAAACCUAAUUAAAUUUAAAUAAACAAAACAUCAUUUCAUUCUUUAUUAUAAUUUGAUUUAAAUUAAAUUGUGAAUAACAUAACUACAAAUAACCUACAACUACAAUUAUAUAUGGUAGGCUACUUCAAAUCAGCAAAAAUAUUUCAAAGUGACUGGGUGGGGCGAGUGAAGCCUUAAGAAUAAUUGCGGGUUCCGAAAUAAGUAUAAUUGCGGCUUCCGAGGGCUUAAUGCACAUGCACAAUGACAAUAUAGUUGACACUUCCUUUUUCCGCCCUUUUGAAAACAACACCCUGUUGUCACCGAUGGAUAAUAAUGUCUGUAAUUGUUUUGCGCAGUACCAGUAUUUAAAAAACAACCUGAAACUGACACUGCACCAGGCAAGGCGGUGAUUGCUGGUGUUCUCCUCUCUCUUCUUCUUUGAUGUUCUUGAAUAUUAAAUCUCUAAGCGAUAUCCUACAUGAAAGUCCAAAUUCUAAAUUUAGCACUCUGCACUAAGUUUGUUUAUUGGGAAUAAACCAUAAUGACCUAUCAGCAUAAUAUGUAAAACAAAAAGUCAACAUCAAUGAAAGCAAGUAACGAACAUUCAUUGGUUGAUAUUUUUACCAAAUAUUAUUGGGUUACCGCAGUAGCAUAUUCACUCGACCUCUGCACUCUGUUAAUUAUUGUGACGAUGAGCCUGUUAUUUUGCUGAAUAAAAUGCUCAUUUUUUAAAACAAAAGAAUAAAUUUACUAAUAUUUAUGAAGCAAUUAUUAUUUUUAUACUGGUAGUAAAGUAACGGCAGUAUCGUGUAAAAAUACAAUAAAUUGAAUAGGGUCUCAAAUUUAGGUGGUGCUGUCCAUACUACCAGUACGUUCAAUUCAGUUAUAGACAAACUGCAUAAAAGGACAAACGAAUUCACAUUUUCAUAAUCAUAUAGUUUUUUUGUUUAAUUCAUAGCUCAAAAACUAAUAAAGCUGGUUGAGUUUGUUUAAUUUUUUUCUUUAAAACUGUAUAAUUUUAUUAUUUAAAAUAUAUAUUUUUUAAAAGUGUGAAUGCUACAUUCAAUGAUUUUGCCCCAAAUAUGUGAGGAAGGAAACAUUGCACUCUAGCCAUAGCAAAUUAUACCUAGGCACUUUUGGACAUCUGGCCCUACCCAUUUAAUCAAUUUGAAUAAACUAUUUUUCAAAACUGCAUGUUAACAAAUAAUUUUAUAAUCUUACAAAGACUUAAGGAUGUAUACAUUGACUACUAUUGUUUGGCUGUUAAUCUAGUGAGGAAAAAAAGGGGGGUGGGGGGCUACAACAAAGACUAAAGGAAAGUAUAACAAUGAUUUUAAGCUUCAUAAUCACUAAAUAUCCUGAGCUUUUUAAGAAAGGUUUAGAUCAUAUGUAUCAUUUUGACCAGCUUGAAAAUAUAUUCAUUUAAUAAACAGUAAAAAAAUGUGCUAAAAAUUAGGUACAUUGUACAAAUAAAUCAUAGAUCUAUGGCAUCUAUGACCUGAACUAAAUGUGUAUAUUAUUUGAAAAUAUUUAUAAAUAGUAAAAGAACAAACAAAUAAAAACAUGUGAUAAAUUUUUUCUUUAUUUUUAGGAUGGUGCAGCAAAAGUUUGUGCAGUUGCUUAUUCACCCAACAACCAGAAAUUAGCAGUUUGUACUUCUGACAGAGUUAUAGUACUUUUUGAUGAACAAGGAGAGAAACGUGACAAGUUUUCUCUCAAACCAGCAGAUUCAAAAGUAUUGUAGUAACUAAUAACUAAUUAUCUUUGAAUGUGCUGCUCAUACGUUUUUAUUUUGUUUAAGAUGUUAAAGUUUAUUUUAUAACAAUUAUAUGUUAAGUUUUUAAAACCCAUCACCUAAACUCAGUAAGGCAAAAUUCUAAAUAUUAUUUGAUACCUUUUAUUAUGAGUUAUAACAACUUGUUUUUAAUAAGAAAUAAAACCAGAAUAGCUUUUUAAUUUUGACAAAAAAUUUGAAAAUAACUAAAAACAAUCUUACAGAUAAUUUUGUUAAAAUCUAAAAUUAUGUGUUGAAUAAUAUAUAUACAUUUACAUCUUCCGUAAUUUGCAUGUUUGGUAAUAUAGUUUUGAAAAAUCAUUAUAAAAUGACUUAUUGUUUUGUUGUAAAGUAUGGAAAGAAGAGCUACACAGUAAAGGGAUUAGCAUUCUCAAGUGACUCAUCAAAAAUUGCAGUUGGUCAAACAGACAACAUUAUAUAUGUUUACAAGAUUGGUGAUGAAUGGUAGGUCUAUGAAGUUGUUUGCACUGAUUAAUAUGAUCUAAGAUCACAGAUAUUUUUACCAUAAUUACAUUGUGUUUCCUUGUCAAAGCUGAAAUUUUGCUCUGAAUCUAGCUAAUUAAAUGAAGUGUUCUUACCGACUGGUUUACUACCAUUAUGAUUGAAAAUGAAACUUAAUAUCUUUUGGAUAUUUCUUAUUUUAAUAAACCUUGAAAAUAAUAAUUUUCUUUAUUCUUAGGGGAGAGAAAAAGGUAAUCUGCAAUAAAUUUGUCCAACAAAGUGCUGUGACUUGUCUCAUUUGGCCUCCAGAUCAACUCAUCAUAUGUGGACUUGCGGAUGGCAAGGUAAUCAUUAGUUUGGUGAAGUAACAAAGAGCCCAAAUUCAUGAAUUUUUUCAUGCUACCUUGUGAUCUUGAACUUACUUAUUAAAUUUGAUCAAUGUAACGUGUACUAAAUAGUUAAUCCACAAAUUAAUAUUUUGAAUUUUUCAAAUAGAAAGUACCCAAAUCCAGUGAAAGUAUAAUUUCACUGUUUUGUAUUUAGGAGAUUUCAUGUAUACAAAUUAUGACCUCCCCUUUAAAUUGUCCCACACAAAUGCAAACAUGCAAUCCAGUGCCCCCCCCCCCCGCCCUUUUUGCACAUCUCCCUUUAAAGCUAUCAUUGUAAAAUAUUUUAUAUUCAAUUAUUAAAUUUUAUAAUUUUUUAUAAAAAAGUUUAUUAAAAUAGAUUAAGAAAAAGAAGUCUAAAUUAUACAUACAUAUUUUUACAGAUAACUUGGCUAUCCAUAAUAAAAUAAGCUGUUAGAGAUUCUCAGUUAUAUAAAUUAAAACCCCUCAUCAGUCACAUAACUAGAAAUCUACAAUUAAAAAAAUACCCCCCAAACAAGUACUUGGCUGUAAAAAAAUAAUAUUGUAUUAGACCAUGAAAUGUGAUUAGAUUGUAUUUUUUUCACUAAACAAUUUGCUGUUCUGACAUUUUGGGGUAUAUUUUCUUUAGGCUUCUAGACUCACCAUUUAUGAUGCUUUAAUCUCAGUGGCUACCUUGUUUCAAUUCUGAUUUACAUUCCAUACUAUUUUACUUUUUCCUUUUGUUUUAUUUUAACAGGUACGCUCAGCAAACAUAAAAACAAAUAAGUCAGCAACAGUAUACAGUACUGAAUCAUAUGUUGUAUCCUUGGCAUGCAAGUAAGUUGUAUGAAAUCUGCAAUUACAGCCAUGUUAUUUUAUGAGAUCAUUAAGUAAAUAUAAAUUAAAGACAUCUAACAUAUUCAAUAAAUAUGUAGAGCCUUUUGAUUUUGCAACUUCUGCGCAAACCAGAUAUUCAUCUCUUUGAGACGAUGAACCACAUAUUGAUUUCUUUGAAACGGUGAACCACAUAUUUAUCUCUUUGAAACGGUGAACCACAUAUUCAUUUCUUUGAAAUGGUGAACCACAUAUUCAUCUCUUUGAAAUGGAUCGAUGCAAAAAAAAAUUAAAAAUUAGGUAUCAAACUUUACUGGCAUUUUCUUUCUUUUUUUAUUUUUUAUUUAAACUACUAGUAACUAAGGAUGAAUGACUAAGACAUUAAUUCAUACUUACAUAAUUUCUCCUCAUUUAUCAGCCCAUCUGGUAAGGGGAUUUUGUCAGGGCAUGCAGAUGGCUCAAUCAUUCGGUACUUUUUUGAUGAUGAGGGCUCAGGGGACACUCAGGUUGGUGUCUUGCUAAUAAAAUUUUAAACUUCAAUAAUUGUCAAUGUUUUUUAAAGUGUAUGCUAAAUUAAAUGUUUCUAUUGAUGUAUGGUAGUCAAAAUAUAUACAAAGUUUUUAAAAUUAAUUCUAGGGCAAAAUAGCUACACACCCAUCCCCACCUUAUGCCCUAGCAUAUUCACAAAAUGCCAUUGUUGCUGCUGGCUGUGACAAACGAAUCAUUGCAUAUGGAAGAGAUGGGCGCAGUUUUCAACACUUUGAUUUCAGCAGGGAUUAUGAUGAGCAUGAAUUUACUGUGGCAGUUUGCUCCCCAAGUGGGCAAAAUAUUGUAGUUGGUAGCUUUGACAAGUAAGUAGUUUUAUAUAAGUAUUAGAUGUAACUGCUUUAAAAAAAUCAAUAGAUUUCUGAUAUUAAUAGCCUCUAGCUAAAGUUUGUAUUAGUAAUAAAGUUCUGAUUGCUUAAUGGCGUUGAAAAUGACUUACUUUAGGACAUGUUAAGAAGCUUAGGUAUUUACUUUAUAAGCAUCAACAGGUUCUGGUCAAUUAAUGGAUCUCUAGAGUUGGGAGGUUGAAGUCAAGCUCUAUGUCUGUAAGGGCAGAGUCAAAGGUAUUGGAAAAGAUUGUGUAUUUUUAAAUUUUAUUGCCAGGGAAAUUUUAUUGCCAGGGGAAAUAACCAUUUUAUUUGUUUAUAAGAUUGAGAGUGCUGAAUUGGAGUCCAAGACGACAGGUUUGGGAAGAACCAAAACUGAAAGAGAUAGCAAACCUCUACACAAUCACAGCGCUGGCUUGGAAGAAAGAUGGCUCAAGGGUUGUAGCUGUCAGUAUCAACUGUUUUAAACUUAAUUGAUGAAAUGUAAAUAGUUUAAAUUUAGGCUCAUUUCCACUAAAGUUAAUGGCUGUUAAAUUAUUUCAAUUGUGUUAAAAAUGUAAAUAUAUGUAGCAGGCUCCAACACUUUUUUUUGAUUCAAUCUUUUUCCAUUUAGGGAACAUUAUGUGGAGGCCUGGAACUUUUUGACUGCUGCCUCAAAAGAACUUUGUACAAGAACAAGUUUGAAAUCACACAUGUUGGCAUGAGUCAGGUCAGUCAGCUCAAUUUUUUAUUAUUUUGAAAUGAUAUUAUUUUUUCAGUGUUCUAUUGUAAAGAAAGAUUUAAUUUUGAAAGUCUACCUCAUCACAAAUAUUUAAUAUUUGAGCUUAUCAUUAUCUUCAUACAGUACCCAGUAUAUCCAUUCAUUUAAUAGAAAUCAACUUAAAAUAAUGCAAAUAGUUUUUUUAAGCGUCUUAUUUCUGUCUUAACGUGUUUCUUAUUUUGUUUUUGUUUGAAAGGCCAUAGUGAGAAAUCUGUCAAACAAUACAAAAGUUAUGCUGAAAUCGCACUAUGGCUAUGAGAUAGAUGAAGUGAGAAUAAUGGGAAAAGAUCGCUACCUUGUUGCCCACACAUCAGACACACUUUUGUUAGGAGAUAUGAUGACCUCAAGGCUAAGUGAGGUCCCUUGGCAAGGCUCAGGGAGUGAAAAAUACUACUUUGAUAAUGAGAAUGUAAGAUGUAUCAAUAUUUUUAAAAAAUCAGAAUUACAUGUAAAUAUAUCCUUUUGUCGUUGUCAGAAUAUUGUUGACAUUUGAAUACAAAAAUAUUAUAUUAAUUGUAAGGAAAGGCUGCAUUUGAGGCUGUUUGUUAAAAAAUAAGACAAAAGUAUAAAUUAUGAAUCAGUGACCUUUUUCAUGCUUGUCACAAUUAUAAAUUAUGAAGUAGUGAAUGUAUUUUAUCCUCAUAAUUUAUCUCUCUGUAUCUAUCCUGCUAUUGGUUAGGUUUGUAUGAUUUUCAAUGCUGGAGAACUGGCUUUGAUAGAGUAUGGUGCUAAUGAGGUUCUGGGUUGUGUUCGUACUGAAUUCAUGAAUCCACAUCUCAUCAGGUUAGUUUUUCUAGAUCAUUCAAUUUGCUUAUUUUAAAAAAUCACCUAUCUCCUCUCCCCCCCCCCCCCCCCCCCCCCCCAGGUCUACCCUUCUCUUAUAAGUGUUCUGGGGCACAAAACAAAUGUUCGAGUUGACCUGUACAGGGUUCAUACACUGAUAACCAAAUUAGCCACUGAUCACCCCCCCCCCCCUUUCCCAAGAAAAGCAGACCCUCUUAGUCAAGGUAAUUCUUAAUUGACCCGUGAGAGUGAGAUACCGACACCUCAAAUCAAAUGACAUCGUAUACUAGACAUAUUGUAUCCAAAAUUAUUUUCAUUUGGGGAAAGCAGAAUAUUAAAAAGAAAUGCACUUUUUUUGCAAAUGAUCAUAAGGAAAACUCCCCCACUCCCCCCCCCCCCCCCCCCCCCCCCCCCAGGAUACCAGGAGACCACAGCAUAACAAGAAAUAAGAGAGCAAACAUUUAAGCAAUUUAAGGAAAAACAUGGCACAUCCAAUAAAAGGCCAGACAUACCCUCAUCACUCAACACUGCUUAGCAGAUUAUCAGAGCUAACAAAUAAGAAGAAUUGUUUAUGGAUGGGCUAUGGGCUCAACAGGAAGAUGUGUUUUCACAAAAAUGCCUAGCCCAGACCCUAAAGAUCUGAUAAAUUGCUUCCAAAGACACAAACAGAUCAUAAUCUUUCACAUGCUCACGGGACAAAUACAAAUUAACUUCCACGUAAAAUGCAUAAAGUCAGAUACAACACCAUUAUACCUCCUCUGCAGACAUCCAAAUGAGACUGUAACACUCCACUGCCCAACACUUUAGGAAUUAUGCCUAAACUAUCUAUAAAAAGUAACAGACUACACCAACAUCCUAAAUACAAAGAACAACGGAGAGUGUGUAAAUUCUUCGCCAAAGAGCACUCCUAAAUGGCCACUGAAUCCGAAGGAUAAUGCUCACUUAAAAAUACUCCACGUUAUAAAUCAUCAACAUAGCUUGUACCAAGUCAAUCUUUAAAUUAAACUAAAUCAUGUUUUCAAAAUUACUGCCGUAUCAAAGGAAAGUAAUAAAUUUAUUUUUAAGAAUGAGCCAUUUUUCAACAUCACUUCGAGAAUAAAUUAUUUUCUUAGUGAUGUAAAAAUAAAUUCUCUUAUUUCCCAGCGUCAGACUUAAUGAGAGAAAACAGAAAGGGGUGCUGGACAACAAAAAAAUGGCUUACCUCCUUGAUCUGAAAACUGUGACUAUCAGUAAGCUUUAAAUAAUUAAAAUUAAUUUUUUUUAUACAAAUUAAAAUGAGAGUUGUGAGCCUUUAUUUAAAAACAUUUUGCUUGUAUAAAAAUUCUCGUGCAUAUGCUGUCAACAAAUAAAAAAAAUAUUUUUAAAAAAAUAUCUUUGGAGAUGUUAAUGCUUAUGUUACAUAAAUAUAUUAAUGUUUAUUUUUCAGCUGACAUCUUAACAGGUCUCAAUAUUGCCCAAGUUAGCCAUGACAACAGAAUUGACUGGCUUGAGGUAAUCAUUUUCCCAGGGACAUUUCUUUUAAGUAAUUAAAAAAUUGAUAUUUGAAUUGUCUUUGAAUAUACAUUUUCCUUAAUUGCCCUUUGAACUUUUAUUAUCUUAUUUUUCCAACAAGUUGAAUGAAACUGGACACAAACUUCUGUAUAGGGACAACAAGCUCAAGGUCAGUAUUGAUUUAUGUCUAUUGCAAACAAAUAAAUAGUAACAUUAAUUUAUUUAGGAAUCAAUCUUAAAAGUAAAAGAAUAAGGUGGCUCCUGGGUAGAUUUGUGAGAAAUAUGUAACUUCCUAGGAAGUUUGCAUCUAAUCAUACUUUAUGAACUUUGAUUGAUUAAGUGGAUCCAUCAUUUUAUUGCAAACAUAUUAUGUGGAUAUAAAUAUAAUUAUAUGUUUUGUUUUUCAUUUUAAAAUAAGACUUGAGUAUUUUACACUGUCAUCUUUCAUUAUUUUCCAGCUACAUCUCUAUGACAUUGACUCACAACAAAAAACAAGUAUACUGAACUACUGCUCCUAUGUACAGGUAUGAACACUAAAUUAUUCAUUUUUCUUCUUGUGUUGAAGAUAUAAAGCUGCAUAAGGAAAUAUGCCUUUUGGUUUUGUCUUGUUUGUAGCACAUAUUUUUAAAAAAUGUGUCCUUGUUCCCCAAGAGAGAAACAAAACAAUAUAAUUAUCUUUAAAUUGGGUCAAUAUUUGUGAAUGCUUUUUAAAAUAAAGUGCAACAUAUGGUUCCAUUCUUGAUAUAAAAGAUAUCAUGUUUUCUAGUGGGUCCCUGGCAGUGAUGUUGUAGUGGCACAGAACAGGGGCAAUCUAUGUGUCUGGUACAACAUUGAGUCUCCUGAAAGGGUUACAAUGGUGCCCAUUAAGGUAAGCUAGUGAAAAGCUGAGAACACAAUUUUAAUUUAUUUGUUAAUUUUAAUCAGUGAUUAAUAGUAAUUAACAAUUACUUUAUAAUAGAAAUUAUUCAACAACUACAUAGGAAAUGUUUUAAAUUCAAUUUUAUAAAUAUUUCAAAUAUUUUUUAAACAUAUUUACCUCAAAAAUUUUAAAAAAUUAAUUGAUGAGAAUUGGACCAAAUCAAUUGUCAUAAAAAUUGUUACAACUUAGACAAAAUGUCCCCGGCUUCAUAAAAUCCUUCUCCAACUUUAUAUUUCAUAUAACUCUUCUUAUAACAUUGAUCAUUUGAAAUUUAGGGAGAUAUAAUUGAUCUUGAGAGAAAAGAUGGAAGAACAGAUGUCCUUGUAAGUGAAGGAGUUAACACAGUUGCAUACACACUUGAUGAAGGACUGAUUGAAUUUGGCACAGCUAUAGAAGAUGGAGAUUAUGCUAGGUGAGAAAUAAAGUAUUUUAUUAUAAUUAAAACUGAUAAGUAGGCUCAAAAAUGAAAGACUACUUCUUCGUGUCACUGUAGAAAUAUUAAUACAUUUCAUGUAUGAUAGUAAAGAAAAGCAUUAUGUCAGUCAUAUUGUGCUAAUAAACAAACUUCAUGGAAUAAGGAAAUUUAUCAAUAUCAAAAGUUUUCUAGGUUAUGUUGUAAUGUAUGCUUUUAUCGUCUAAUUAAAUGCCUACCAUUCUAGCUUCUCUGAUAUUAGGAACGCUAAUUGAAUUAACACACCAAAGUUUCUUUUCAUGGAGCUCUUUUUAAAUGUUUGUUGGUAUCUACUAUUACUCUCAGAGCUGUGGCCUUCCUGGAAACCCUGGAGAUGUCUGCAGAAACUGAGGCUAUGUGGAAGACCUUGAGCAAGAUGGCACUUGAGGAGAAGCAGCUACACAUUGCUGAGCGGUAUGUUAGGCCAAGUUAGUUAGAAGUCAAAAUGACCUCAAUCCCUUGUGAUGUUGAACAUUAUAUUUAUUUAAAAUAAAGAUUACUCUGGUCAAGAUUGUUUAAAGCUGGAGUAUAUCUCCUGAUAUGCUGAAGUAUUGUUGCCUGAAAAGGUACACCCUUUAGGAGGAACUAAAUAUUUGUUUAUUUCUUCAAAUGAAAUUUAAAACAUUAUUUUUCAUUGUAAAAUUUUGCAGCUUAAAUUAUUUGGCUUCUAUUUUCCAGGUGCUACUCUGCCUUGGGUAAUAUUGCAAAGGCCAGGUAUCUGAAAGAGACAUUGAGGAUAGCAGAGGAAGUUUCCAGACAAACAGUUAGUGCUAAUUUUCCUUAACUCCUCUUGAUAGGGCUUUUUUAACAAUAUCAGUACAUGUGUUGUCAUGAGUGAUAUAUAUGGCAUCCUUCCAUCUUGGCCAGACAAUGGAGUAGCUAUUGACACUUCAUCAAAUGGCUUAUGAGGGCUGCACUUCUCGCAAGAGAACCUUGACUCUUGGUUAAAUUAGGCCUUCCCUAAUGCUCUUUUUGUUGCAAGGACUUUGUUCUUGCAACUUAUGCCUGUUUGAUUCCUUCAUACACAGCUGUUUGCCAGCUGGACUGUGCUCAGUGAUAAACUCCAGUUUGUUGAUUUCUAUGUUUGCUUCCCUCAUGUUCCUUUUGCAAAUGUCCUUAAAUCUUAAUUUUAAUAUAAUUUUCUUUACUUUGUUUUGCUUUUUAAAUGCCAUUUAAAAAAAUAAUCUCUUUAAAAAAAAUCUUCAUUCUAAAAGUAUUAUAAGAUUUUCAAUUGUGCUUUAAAAUUAACAUUUUAAAACUUUGUCUGUCGCUACUUGGCAGGGAGGUGAUGGCACCCAGCAUUAUAAAGUCAGAGCAAGGCUUGCUAUAUCAGAGAAGAAAUUCAAAGAAGCAGAAUACAUUUACUUGGAAGGGGUAAGUCAAUGAGAUUUGAAUCACAUAUUUUGAUACACUUCGUAAAUGUGUGGUUUUGAAUUUAAUGAAACUAUUUAUUAAAAGCUUUCUGUGACACAUUACUGUCCUUUUAUAAAAACCUGUUUUAAAAAUCAUUAAAAGUACACAUUUUUAAAUCAUAAUUUUGUUACUGUUUAUUUAUAACCCAAAUUGAUAAAUCUAUUAUCUUUUAGAAUCAUGUAAAUGAAGCUAUUGAAAUGUACCAAGAAAUGCACAUGUGGGAUGAAGCAAUAGAAGUAGCUGAUGCCAAGGUAAUGAUGAAGUUACGGCUGCUUAACCUUAUUUUUAAACAGUGCUUUUUUUUUUGUUGCAAUAAUUUAUUGUAAUGCUCCCCACUUGAAGACAUUUUGUUGUUAAUAAAAAAGAACAUGAAUCCACACUUCAUUUUUCAUUACUAUUUUUCUAUUAAAGAGUCACCCAGAGUUGGAGACACUGAAGAAAAAUUACAACCAAUGGUUGAUGGAGACAGGUCAGGAAGAGCGGGCUGGGGAGGUUUGUACUUUAAUACGAUUCUGUCAGUAUUAAAUAUUUUAUAAGUAUAAUGUAACAUAGCAAGAAAUAAUCCGCCAACUUCCCAUCGAAUAAAGUUACAUAACAAGACGUGCAUUUAAGAAAUGCACUUUAUGAAAAUGCCAAUUAGUACUGAAUUCUGGGUAUGUUAUUUCCAACACAGCGUUACAGCUAUAUGUAUAUACUGAGAGAAUUAUUAUUUGUGAUGUAAUGUAAUGUGAUAACAACUAAAUAAUUUUUUUUCCUUUAUAUUUAUUAUGAAUAUUUAUAUUCUCUGUGGUCGAAAUGGUUUUUUGAAUAACAUUAAUUAUGAACCUGCAACUAAACUUAUGUGUUUAAUUAUAAAAAAACACCUUUUAAACAGUUGAAAGAACGAGAAGGUGAUUACAUGGCAGCCAUAAACCUUUACAUGAAAUCAGGUCUACCAGCCAAAGCUGCUAGACUAGCAGCAAGUCGAGAGGUAAGUUUGAUUCACAUAGAAACUUCUCUUCACAUCUUAGCAUAUUUGCUAGAAACCAUUUAGACGAGAACAAUUGCCUAAAUGAAUUGAAAAUUGGCUGUAAAAAUUAAUAAUUUCUACAUUUUGUUUACUGUAAAAAUAACUAUAUUGGAGAAGCUUUGACUUUCAAAACAUUCAUUGAUUUUUAAAAAUAAUAUAUCCUCUUUAAGAAGUAAAUGUCAUUGGUAAACUAUCAAUCACAUAUUAUUUUAAUUAUACAAUUAAUCUUUACUUCCAGGAACUUAUGACGAAUUCAGAUCUCAUUGCAAGAAUUGCAGGUGCUCUCAUUAAAGCAGAGCUUUAUGACAGGGUAGGUUAUAAUAAGUUGGUUUUUUUUUGUUUUUUUUUAAAUAUUUUUUAUAAUUUGUUAAAACAUUAUCAGAUCAUUAUUUUAUUAGUUCAAUUAUAAAUUAUAUUUUAAAAAUUUUUUUUGGGCAGGCUGGAGACCUCUAUGAGAAGAUAAGAGACUUUCAAAGAGCCAUGGACUGUUUCAAGAAAGGCAAAGAAUUCAGAAGAGGUAGGGCAUUAAAUCUAGUAUGUCAUAGCAAUAUUUAUUUUGCUUUGACAUUUUUAAGAUGAGUUAAAUUCAGAGAGUUAAAGAUUUAUUUCCCCCCCCAAUUCCUGGCCUCCCCACCAUUCUUUCUCUGAAAUGUAACAUCAUUUCGCAUACUACCAUACCUAAAACCAAGAUGGCUCUGGAUAUCAAUUUUUUACCAUUUUAAUUUUCCAUAACUUGUUGGGGUGUUGAGUCAGUUCCAUGAGUCAGUUCCACUUUGCUCUUUGUACAUAAGAGUGAUCCUAGUUACUCUCUUCUGGUUUUGAGGCAGAUAGGUUAUCAUUGCACCAGAGGGCAAUCCAAUAUAAUAUAUGGAGAGAAGUUCAUAUUAGUAUGCACUUAUAAAUUUUGGUAUUAAUACAUACUGUUGAAGGCAAUUGUUCCUUGUUUGCGAUUUGAUUUGAGAGACUUGAGAAUUCUGGUGUGUAUAACCCCAGAUGUCCAUUUCUGGGCAAAAAGAUUUUUCAUUUUUUAAUGUUUUUGACACUAAAUUCUUGCAUCUUAAUAUAUAAUUUUAUUUCAGCCAUUGACUUGGCUCGGCAUGCAUUCCCCAGUGAGGUGGUCAAACUAGAGGAGGAGUUUGGUGAUUAUCUCGUUACUCAGAAACAGCUGGAUGCAGCCAUCAAUCAUUUUAUAGAGGCAGGGUAUGGAAAUUUAAAGCAUUGUUUUUGGCGGAUAUCUAUUAAAUUUCAAAUAUUUCUACACACAUAUGAAACAACUCUCAAAGUUUUCACAUAUCAUACAAAGAAAAAGAAAUUGACUUCCAGUAAUUUUGUGUUAUUUUUUUUUUUCAUAAAUAUUUUUUAGCAAAUUUGGGAUUUUUUGUUACAUUUCUGAUGCAUCGGGAAUAAAGGUCAUGUAAAAAAAUAAACAUAUAUUUCAUUUUGCAGGGCUACCAUUAAGGCAGUGGAGGCAGCCAUUAACUCCAGGCAGUGGGCCAAGGCUGUACAGAUAUUGGAGAUACAGGACUCUGCCAUGGCUGCUAGAUAUUACAAGAAGAUUGGUGAACAUUACGCUUCUAUUGGGGAAUAUGAGGUAAGCUAAGUGUUUAAAAUACAUAAAUCAGUUGUCUUUCAAUUUGCAAUUAAAGAUGGUUUUCUUCUUUGUUAUGAUCAAUUUCAAUAAAUCGUUUAAGAUUGUUAACAUUAUAGUUUCAUUUCUGGUCUUUACAAUUCUAACUAGAAUCUCAUUAGUCAGUCAUUAUAAAUCUAGUUACACAUAAUGAAACAGUGUAAUUUAGAUUAAUUUCAUACUUUUAAAAUGCCAUUUCCUUAUAGAAACUACUUGAAAUUGUACAUUUUUACGCAUUUUAAAGACAUAAGUAAAAAAAUAAUAAUCAAGUAACAUUUUAAUAAUUUUGUAAACUCAAAAUUAUUGCUUAAGGUUCCCAAGCCCGUGUACCUAGUUAGAAUACGUAAGUAAAAAUGUCUGUUUUGAAUUUCUAAAAGUAUUUUUUGUAUGUGUUCAUUUUCAGACAGCUGAAAAGUUUUAUGUGGAAGCAGGCUGCACAAGAGAAGCAGUAGAUAUGUAUAACAAGGCAGGAAAGUGGGAGCUAGCACACAAGGUAAAGGGCAAAGUUGAACUUUAAAAGAAAACAGUUUUGUGAGGAAUUCACACAGAAAAGCAAGAAAAAAAGGGAGCUAUUAAAAAAAUAAACCCCUGUAGUUCAGACUAAAUGAAACCAAAUUAUUUUUAUGUGCUAUUGUUGAACAAUUGUUUGAUAUAACCUGUGAUGAAAAGGAGUUUUUUUAAACACCGCUUAAUUACCUCCCAGCUUGCUGCUACAUACAUGAAAGGAGAGGAUGUAUCCAACCUGUACAUUGCCCAAGCAAAGCAGCUGGAAGAUGAAGGAAAGUUCAGAGAAGCCGAAAGGUCAGUUUAAGAUCUUAUAUUACUACAAUUUUCACUUUUGUUAUUCUACUCAUCACUUUUGUCAUUCUACUAAUUGACGGACAAAUGCACACAAAUCGCAUAAUUCCAAUCUCUAGAUAUUUAAGUGUUUUCCUUGAAAAAAUCCCUGGAAAAUAAUAUUUUUUUACACACAAACAUGAAAGUUAAUGUCAACUGAUAUUUUUUAUAUAUAAAACACUUACAAAAUGAAAAUUGUUCAGGCUGAUGUAAUAUGCACCAAUCACCUGAGUCUAAUUUUAUUUGAGAAUAAGUUUAAUCAGUCAGUAAUUUUUUUUAUUAUAAAUGUGUUUCGUUAAUUCCUGCCUUUGAACAGACUGUAUGUUGCUGUAGAAGAGCCUGACCUUGCCAUCACAAUGUACAAGAAACAAAGAAUGUAUGGCGAUAUGAUCAGACUAGUGAAAGUCCAUCAUGAAAAUCUGGUCACAGACACGCACCUGCACCUGGCUAAGGUAAGGUUUAUACAGAGUUCAAUGUUAUAAAAAAAACAUGUUCAGGUUUAUCUUUUAUAUUCUUUGCUUUAUUCACUUCUUCAUUAUAAGCAGAUGAAUUGAAUGAUGAAUCAGGUGAGCAGCCAAGCAGCCUAUGCUUAUUUUUUUUAAAUAUUAUUAAAUAUCUAAGAUCUUCUCUGAGUUUUGUAUUUAAUUAUUAUUAAAAGAAUAGCUUUAAUUUUUUUAUUAUUUACUUGUACUUUACCAACGUAAGACAAUUACGAGUUUGGGCAUUGCAAUCUUUAAAAGGUUUGGGAGGUGUUAAGAAAACAAUUUAUUUCUGAUUGAUCUGAUAUAAAAUAAGGUUGUCCACCCCUGAGCAAGGUUUUUAAAAUAAUUGUGAUGUUUUCUUAAUAAUUUCAGGAAUUGGAAAGUGAAGGCAACUUUAGACAAGCUGAGCAACAUUACCAAGAAGGAGGAGAUUGGAAGGCAGCAGUCAACAUGUACAGGGCACAGGAUAUGUGGGAUGAGGCCUACAGAGUCAGUCUUACUUUUUCAUUUGUCUCUGUUGAAUUGGAGAUGAAAUGCCUAGAUUAUAGUUAAUUUAUGAAUAACAUAAUGUAUGAAAAGUUUGUAACAGGAAACUAUAAAUGGCUGAUGAAUUGAAAUUUAGUCGGGGGUUUUAUUGUUGGUCUUCUAAAUAGGGUUAUAUGAAUCAAGGUAAUCAAGUAAUGAAAAAAACAAAACUUUAUGGUAUUUCCCUUAGAGGGAUUCUCCCAUUGAGUUUGACUGGGGCUCACAACAAAAAUAUCAUAGAGAAAUCAGCUGAGCAUUUUAAGAUUGUUUCAUGGUAUAUAAGAGUGGCCUUUGCCUUUCGGACAUGUAAUUCAUCAGACCUGUAGAGGUUGAUUUUCAUUUUUAGGAUUUUAAAACUUUAAAAAAAAUAUGUUUCACAUUUAGUCAGGGUACUGAGAAAUAAAAGCCUUUGAUGAUGUUGUUGGAUUCAACAAUAUCACACAUGCAUCAUAUGCACAAAACCCAUCUAACACAUAAACUUAACUCACAUAAAUAAUAAUAAUAAAGUUUAUUUGAAAUACACUCUUCAUCCCCAAAAGCUCGAAGCGUGGUUCGAAGUCAACCAUAUUAUAAAGAGAAAUAAAAAUAAUUUGAAAUGACACAUCUCUAAGUUUUACAUUGGAGCUGGGCCUGGAAAUUCUAUGAUGUAUGUCAAGUGAUUCAAAUGAAAUGAUUCUGUCUGUUGGCAGGUGGCCAAGGCUCAGGGUGGCCAGCCAGCAGCCAAACAGGUGGCCUACCUCUGGGCUAAAAGCUUGGGUGGUGAUUCAGCUGUAAAGUUGCUUAACAAGUUUGGUCUUCUAGAGGCUGCCAUUGAUUAUGCUGCAGAGAACUGGUGAGGAUGUAAAUGUUGAGACAGAGUGUGGAUUGGUUUCCAUUAAAAUAUAUAUAUACAUUUUAAAGAAAGAUAAUACAGUAGCAAAUUUUUUACAAAAUAUAUUUUAACCCUUUCAUUACCGCUGGUUUUGGGCGUCGAUUUUUGCAGACUCAGCAAUAUUUAAAAAAAAUUAUAAUAAUAAUAAUACCGGUAAUAAUAAUAAUAAUUUAAAAAAAUUAAUUUAAAAAAAGGCUAUUUUCGGUAUUUUCAUUCUCUAUCCGAUUCGCUUUUUAACUUCUCUAUAGAUUAAGGAAUAAAGAAAUAUAUAGCAUUCAAAUAUGAUGUCGAUGUGACGUCCUUGGUAUUUCAGAAAAGUUCUUUGCCUCUUUGUUAUGACGACAUUGUGACGUCCUUAGUAAUUGAAAGUGGGUGAUCGUGACGUCGCAUAGACAUCAUCGAUAGCGAAAAGGUUAUAAUAAUUAUCAGACCAGCUCAAGUUAGCAGCAGUGAAGAAGACAAAUUCAAAUAACUGUGGUAGUUUUGAAUAAAUAACUGAAUUAUUUUUCAGUGCUUUCGACUUUGCCUUUGAGCUUUGCACCAUUGCAAUGAAAGAAAAGCUGCCAGACAUACAUCUUAAACAUGCUAUGUUCCUGGAAGAUGAGGGCAAAUUUCAUGAGGCAGAACAAGAGUUUGUCAAGGCCCAGAGACCUAAAGAAGCUGUUCUUAUGUAUGUAUCUAAGCUUUGCCUAUUUUUGCCUUGUAAGUUUCAUCCAACUUUGAUUGCAAUUGAAAAUAACAUGAAACUAAUUUAGGGGAAUAAAAAAUCAGGUCCUCUGGAGUUUGUUCUAUCAUGUAAAAUAUUAAGUUUGAUGAAAAUAAAAAAGAUAUAAAAUUAAUAAUAAAACUGGAGUUGACAAUCUUAUAAGGUUUAACAAUGUAGCAAAAUUGGUAUUAACAGGAAGCUAUAAAUGAUAUCACUCAUAAACUUUAACACAAAAAGACUUAUUAAAUUUAAUAUACUGUUAGAUUGCCUAUGACUGUAAGAAAAUUUAGUGCUUUUUAUUCUCAACAUGAAAACUUUGAACAAUGCUUGAUUAGGUAUGUUCACAAUCAAGACUGGGAUUCAGCACAGCGUGUUGCUGAGGCACAUGAUCCAGACUCUGUAGCAGAUGUGUUGGUGGGACAAGCAAGGUUUGCAUUUGAAGAGAAAGAUUUUGCCAAAGCUGAGUCCUACCUGCUCAGGGCUCAGAGACCAGAACUGGCCAUCAAGUUUUACAAGGUGUGCACAUAGUUUCAACGGUUUCAUUCUAGUUCUAAGUUCAUUCUAGUUUUAUGAUUUAAAAUUUGUCAUGUGGAAAAAAGUUUACUAAGCUUGUCACUCAAUGUUUUCAUGAUGAUUAGAAAUAAUAAUACAAUUUGUUUCAGUUGUGAUUAGAAAUUUGCAUUGAUGUAAAAAUGUAGAAAAUUGGAAAUAGUUGACAAAAUGUCAUGUUUAGGACUCUGGGAUGUGGCCUGAUGCUCUGCGUGUAUGUAAAGAAUAUCUCCCUCACAAACUACAGCAGCUACAAGAUGAGUAUGACAGAGAAGCGGUCAACAGCUCUGGCAAGUAAGUCUCCAGGAUGUGAGAGUUCAUUUUUGGGGAUCCCAGUUCCUGGGAUUUACUUGGGUUGCUUGACAUACUUAUCAAAGCCAGGUGGAAAAUAUCUGAGUGAUCAUGAGAAAAUAGAGUUUUGGGGGUAUUUAAUGUCAUGGAUUGGCCACAAUUUGUUUUUAUCCAGAACCUGUACUUUGGUCAGUUUUGAAAUGCAUAUUUGACAUUUUCAGCACUAAAUCUCAUAGUGGUGGUGGAGGGUGAGUAUUUUUCUCAUAAAAGAAUUUUACUAAUUACCCCAACUUGCUGAUUCCAUGUGCUCCACUUUACACUCUUCAAUUUAAUUUGGCUUCUUUCAUCAAAUUUUAGUCACUGAAAAUUAUUUAAAAAUUAUGAAUAUUUAGGCCUAUAGAUGUGAGAACCUUAAAAUAUCUUAGGCUCUUUUCCUUUUAUUUUUGCUCCUAAAAUGUAUGUUUCUUAAUAUCUUUGUCAGUCUUUAUAUCAUCAAUUCAACAAAAUAGGGGACUAAUAAUUAAAAAUGGGCUUUCUUACUAUAAGUUAAAUAUAAAUAUAUACAAACCUCAUCAGAAUGAAAACAAUAAAUAUCUAAAAAUCUAACCUUUUCUGUAUUUUUACAACUCAUCAAACAUGCUUUGUCUUUAUUUAAUAGAAAUCAAAUACAAAAUUAAGGAUAGUCUUUAACACUUGUAUUUAAAUAAAUAAUUUUGAACACCAUAUUUUUGUGUUACAUUUAUUAACUUAAAGACCCAGUGUCAAAGAAGAGCUGUGAACAAAAACAUCAGUUUUUCAAAAUAUGGUUUUGAUUUACUCAGAGAUAAAUAGUUUCUAGAUGUUAAUGAAAAAUAUUAAAACCAGGAAAGUUCAGACAAUUUUCUUUUGUAGUUAAAUUAUUAAUCAAAGUCAUAAAAUGUAUUUUGAGAAGUUGAAUCCUAAAGAAAAUGGUGCAACCAGAAUUAUUUUAACAAAAGACUGCGCAAUCAUUUUUCAAAAUUUGUAACUUUUUAUUAAUCGUUUGCUUUAUGUGUCCAUUGCUAGAUAAUUUAUCAAGCGAAUUAGCCUAUACCGCUAUGAUGUCCUUCACUUUUUAAUGUGUACAAAAUCUUAUUUUUACCACUAGAAAAGUAAUAUCAAUUAAGUUAAAUAUUUUCUAUAUAUGACCUUAAUCAGUAGAUUUGGACUUGUACAUACAUGAAAUUUCAUUUUUUUAUUUUCACAAUUGUGUAAAAAUGUAAGAAUAGAAAAUAUAAUUUAAUGUUAUACACUUAUUUCCUUUGUAUACAUUUCCUUUUUUGAUGGCUUAUGUGUGAUCUCUUAUUAUAAGUUUUAAUUAAAUACGCUGUAGUCUAGCUUUUAAUUUGUAUUAACCGCAUGAGGUGAAACAGUAAUACCUCGAAUAUCAUGGGGGUUAUGUUCCAAGGACACCAUCCCUCCCACCCCCACGCAAAAUGUGAAAAACCCUGAAGUAGGAUUUAUAUAUAUUUGAAAGCUUAAUUAACCCUUCACACACUCUUAUUAAAAGUUAAUCAAGUUAUUUUUAUAUUAUUUUCAUUUUUUAGUCUAGAAAUGCUUAUUUUACCACACAAAAAAAAUAAAUAAAUAUAUAAAGAUAUUUUUACUGUAUACCACAAAAAUGUAUCCUUGGAGAAAACCCACAAAGUAGUGAUGACUUAAAGUAUUACUGUACUUAACUACUUAAUGUGAUUUUCUUUUGAGAUAAUAAAUUCUACUUUGCUUAAGUAAAUAAUAUAAUAUAAAUAAUAAUAAUAAUAUAAAUGUGCUGUAUUAUUUAAGCAUGUGUAAUUAUAUUUUGGUGAAAAGAGAAAUAUUACCAUUCUAACCAUGUUUUACUUUUCCAUUCAACGUUUUGAGAAUUAUUUGAUUCUCAUUUAAUGAAUUAUGUUUGCAGGUUUGGUGGACCCAGGCUAAUUAAAAUAGGUAUUUUCUUUAUGACAUUAAAAAUAGGAUGAAUAUAAAGAAAUAAAAUUUCUGUUAAUUAUGAUUAUUAUUUUUUUUAACCAUUAGAGGAGCUGAGGCCAUAGUCAGACAAGCCAGGGAAUGGGAAGCUUCAGGAGAACACCAGAGGGCUGUUGAAUGUUACCUGAAAGUCACACCUGACAUGGUGCCAGAUGUUAAGAUUGUAGAAAAGUGUCUAAUGAAGGUACCGAAAUGGGGUUAGCAAAUUACUCUGAACAUGUCUUCUCUUUGAUCAAGACAUGAUUCAUUACAUAUCUCUUGUAAAGUUGAAAAUUCAGCUUUCUAAUUAGUAAUAAACUUGAUAGUGAACCCUGUUUAUUGUAUGUUUAUUUUAUAAUUUCAUUGUGUUUGUAGUCUGAUAACCAUUUUGAAUGGAAUCAAAUAGGGGUUGUCAUUUCUCAGACCGGAAAUCGUCAUAGCGUUAAUAUUUUUAGAACGUCGGACAAAUAUUUCUUAAAACAUGGCAGCAAAUAGUAAGAGUGUGUUUCAGCAUAUCGUUUGGAUGAUACUUGUAUCUAGAGUCACUGUUACAUGUGCCAAAUGCGCAAUUAAGUCCCAUUUCACAAAAUGUAUAUCCUUGAAUAUAGCAAUAGCAGUAAAAAUAAUAUUGUGUAAAAUAUUUCAUAACAUAUAGCUGUAAACAAGUUUUGAUUUAGGUUAAGGGCCUUUUCACUAAAAUAAUAGUACUGAACAUUGUUGAAAUUUUGUCAGAUCCGAGUACCCGGAUGAAUACAGCAGUUCUAUUAAUAGAUUUCCACCAUUAAAUGACAAGCCCUAUUCUUUUUCAGAAUUAUUUUUCAAUGAACCCUUGACCUCUUUGCCUGACACAGAGGUCAAAUAAAAUAUUAUUUACUCAAAAUUUUCUCUUUAAACGUUUUUUUUUAACAUGGCACAUAUUCUCAGUCUGCCUAUAGCCAAGCUGUUUUUUUUUAAAUUUUAUUUAACUAUUUGUUUUAUUUUAUGCCCAUUGUUUGAUUUUAUCUGUUUUAGGCUGGUGACAUAGCAAUAAAGUUCCUAGACAAUCACAAAGCUCAAAUGAUUGUGGAAGUUGUUGGACCCAGACUGGCUGGAAUCAAAUGUCACUCUACUGUAAGUUUUAAACUAUUUGAUAAUCAUAGCAUCCCACAUUCAUGAUAAGUUUUUAAACCCAAACAAAAUAUAAAUAUUUUUCCAAGCAAUACUAAUACUAUGAAAAUGACUUAUAAACUCAUGACACUCAUGUUUGUUAUGCCAUCAUAUCCUGAACUUUACCUUCUGAACAAAGUUAUGAUAAAGUUGGAAAAGAUUUAUUGGCUAUUUCUUCUAGAUACUUAUCAAAUAUUUGGGGGGCGAAAAAUGUAAAAAAAAUUAAUUACCAUUGUCUUGAAUGGGAAAAUAAUCAUAAACAGCUAUAGAUAGUUUUUAAACAUUUCAUUUGUAUAUUUGUACAGGCUGCUGAGCUGUAUCUGAGCAUGGACAUGGUGAAAGAGGGCAUUGACAUGUUGAUUAGUGCUGGGGAUUGGAACAAAGCCAAAAAAGUUGCAAAGGAGAUGGAUCCAAGGUAAUAUGAUGUUAAUGUGUUUUUAUUAGAAUGUCUCUCUGCUAAAAUAAAGACAUGUUUGAUUGUUUAAUAUAAAAGUUUUCCUAAUGUAUACCAAGUCACUGCCUGAAGCAUCUUACCUACGCUAUAAAUAGGGUUGUUAACUGAACACUGUUUUAACUAAAAGGAGUCAUAUUAAACCAUUAAUUUGUCUUUUUAUAGAUUAAUUUUGCAAAGUUUGUUUCAUUGUAAAAUAAAUUCAUGAAAAAUAUUAGAAACACUUAAUUGUUCAUGUGUAAGAGUUUUCAUAUUAAUAAAUAAAAUAAUUUGUCACUCUCUCCACAAGAUUUGAAAGUUAUGUCGAUGAAAAGUAUAAAGAAUUUUGCCGCAACCAGGGCAAGGCAGAAGAUGUAAGUUUCAAAUACUGGAAUCCUAAUUUUUUGACCAACAAUUAUGGCACCACCUAAAUCUGGUUUAUACUUGAAGAUAACUAUCCAUCUCCAUUUUAAUUAUAAAAUGUAUACCGCCUUAUACACUCCAGUACAUUUAGCAUUCAUUGCUCUCUUGUGUCGUAUUUGUUUAAACCAUUAAAUCAGGAACCUGGACAAUUUUUGUUUUUAGGACUUACAAUACACAUUUGAAUAUAAAUGAUUACUGCUUAAUUUUAGCUGGCCACUGUUGAUGUCAUUGGCGCUCUAGACAUGUUUGCUGAGAAGGGUGAAUGGAAUAAAUGUAUGCAGCUAGCUGCUGAACAGGUAUGGCAAAUCUUCAUUUAAAUUUGUUUGUUUUCCGACGUUUUAAUUUUUUAAUCCUUUUUUUUAUUUACUUCUCUUAUAGUCUAAUCAGAAAAAUUGAAUUUCUUUUUUUCUCCUUUACAAAAAUUGUGUUUAAAUUUUGAUGACACCUGACCUACAAUUGUAAAUAUUUGUCUAACCAAAUAAAAUGAAUCCCCCAUUUUUGCAGAAUCCUAAAGUUCAGCACAAGUAUGUUGCACUGUAUGCUACCCACCUUAUAAAGAACAAUAACUCACUGGCUGCGCUGGAUCUUUAUGCUAAACAUGGGACGCCAGCAAACUCACAAGUAUGUUCAGUCUCAGUGUUGUUAGAUUGAUCUGUUUUGUUCCUUCACUUUAGAUGGGUUGUGGGCUCUAGGGUACAAAGAUACAAUGAGAUUGAAUAAUUAAGGAGGUGGGGGAGGUUUGAUUUAAAAGUUUUAUUUGCUCUAAAAUAUAAAAGGCAAAAUUAUUUGAGCUUUGCAGUGGGGUUCUUUUUUUCUUUCUUUCAAAAAAAAAAUAUUUUUUUAAAUUUAAAAUUUUAAAUGAUUUAGAUGUAUAGCUUUUAUAUAAGGUUUAAGUUAACUGUAUAAGUAGUUAUGGACUUUUCAUCUGUCUGCUUUUAUAGAAGUCUUUCUUUAAAUUACAUGAGCAAAAAAAAUUGAUAACUCUGCCUAUUUUGCUUGCCAGUGGAACCAACGCAACUGGUUUGCAUAAAUAAACUACAUUAAUUAGAAAAUAAUAUGAUUUUGUUUUUACAGAAUUACAACAUCUACAAGAGAAUUUUCUCGGAUAUUCUGGUAAAGAGAGAGAUGAGUAAACCAGAGGCGUAUAGAUCAUGGGCAGAAUUACGAGAUAUCUUGCAUGAUCUUGUGAGUGAAAUUUUUCUCCAUUUUUUUAAUGCAUUGUGCCCAAAUUAUAAUUAAUCUUAAUUUGUUCUUCUUCUAUAUUUUGAGGGCCCACGAUAAAUGAAUUGAUCAUUCUGGCUCUUAAUUUAAAAAAUAUAUCUUUAGAAUUGUUAAAAGUGUGAGUGUAAAUGUAUUGCAAACUUUGCGUAAACAAAUGUAUUCUUUUUGGUUUUUUUGUCGUUGUUUUUUUUUUAAUCUCAAAUCAGAUUUAAUUUAAAGUUUUAAGUUAAACUAACAUCUAUGAAAUAGAAACAUGAAAUGAUUUUAGUCAAUUUAAAUUUUAAAACAAAAAAAGUGUGCGGGCUCUUUCCUUCAGUUAAGUUUGAGUCAAAAUAUGUCCUUCAACUAGAGGCCUCUAAGUGCAUAUAACAAACAAAAAAAUGAGAUUAUUUUCUUAUUGGUUUUAAUGGAUAAACCUGAUAAUUUUUUGUCCCCCAGUGUGAAAACAUGAGCAAGGCCUCUGAUGCCAACAGUGCAAACCAUGAAGAGUUUGAAAAGAUGCUGCUCAUAGCCCACUACUAUGCCACACGGUGUGCAGCACAGGCCCAGCCAUCCCUUGAGAGCAUUGCGGGCAAGCUGUCUGUGUCCUUGUUGCGUCACACAGACAUGGUUCCAGCAGACAAAGCUUUUUAUGAGGCGGGCAUGAUAUGCAAGGUGAGACGGAAGUUUUUUAAAAAUGAUAAUUAACUAAUUUAAAAAUAAUUUGUCAAAUUUAUGAAAAUAUAUAAAAUGAAUAUAGAAAAUUGGCUAUAAAUUACACCAUAGGCCUUUCAAUUUAAUUUCAAAUCGUCAGGGUCUUGGCUGGGAGAACAUGGCCUUCGUGUUCCUCAAUAGAUACCUGGAUAUAAGUGAGGUAAGCCUUGUUGUCUGUAAUAAAAUUUGAUAUCAAUGAUAGAAGAUAGAUGGAAAUCUGAUGAACUUGUUUCAUAUCAGGUUAUUGGAGGGGACGUGUGUCUCAGUUUUAAUACCAUUGAAAGACAUCCAACUAUGUGUGUAUUAGAUUCAGAGAUUUCAGGGGUAUGAGUGUUAUCAUAAGAUCACUUUAAAUGCUAACUAGAUUACUUGUUGGUUAAACACGAUAUAUUUUUAACUUCAACAAUUUCAGGCCAUGGAAGAAGGCACUUUGGACAUGCUGGACCACAGCGACUUCCAAGAAACAGACAUUCCUUUUGAGAUCCCAAUACCAGAGAAAGCUUUCCUCACUGUGAGUAGUUUUCAGGACAAUUUAAACUUAUGUCAUUUAUUUGCUCAUACAUUUUGAUUUCAAUAAAUCAUUUUUUUUUUCAUACUAAAAAGCAUCAAUUGACUUCUAUAAUUCAUCUAUUUUUACUCAUUAGAUUGACAAAACAACAGUUCUCUCUAUUGUUUUAAUAUCUUAUAAUGAGGCCAAAAUUUAAAUUUUAAAACAAAAUAAUGGGUUAUUAGUGGUGUAUUUGUUCUUUUAAUUUAGUGGGGAGCCGGGUGGUCAAUAAUAAGAAACUGAUAGGCAAAAUGUAUGCAGUCUUUUUAUUGUGUAUUUAAAUAAACUGUAAGCACUGGAAAUUAAUAGUGAUGAAACCUUUUUCAACACCUGGUUCUUGACAAGCUAUAUAUUCCAUUUAGAGAAAGAGUAACUUAAUAACUGGUCAGUCUUUGUAUUCCAAUCUCUCUUUAAUUUAAAUACUCAUUUUAAUAAUUUUUUGAUGAUAAGCUCUCUGCUCAAUCUCUUCCCCAAAUAAUUUAAUGAACUCAUUCCUCUCCAUCACACACUCUCUCUCUCUAACUCUCCCAUUUUCUCUCUGAACGUGUAAUAAUAAUAAUAACUGCUUUACUAACACUUUUUUUAAUGGAUUUACAAAGCCUAGUUACUCACAAGUUCCACAAAUGCACAAAAAAAAAAAAAAUAUAUAAAUAUCUAUAUAUCAGCUAAUGUAAGAAAUUUGGUUCAGGGAAUCAGCAUGAUUUACAUCCGUAUUGUCUUAUAACAAAAUAAUGCAUACCCAAAGCUGAAGUUUUUCACUCACAUCUAUUUGCUUUUAUAAUAUUUUGGGCAGGCCCAGCAGCACGAAGAGGUCAAGGAGUGGGUACUUGCAGUGUCGAUGGAUAGAAAAGUGGAGCAAAUUCUGCCAAAAGAUGAGAGAGGCACCUAUGAGGCUUCACUUGUUGCUAUGGAUACAGGGAUCAGAGCCUUGCCUUGCGUGGUAACAGGUAUGUCUGGAUCCCUUUAGAGAUUGAACAAACUAACACAUGUUAGAUAAAUCAGUCAAGUUAACUGAGUCCACUUAAACUUAAUUAUUUAAAUCACAAUUGAAGAAUUUUUUUCUUUUUACAUUUUAAAUAUGAAUAAUUUCAAAAUUAAUUUUAAUAAUCAUCAUUUACUAAUAUAAAUAGCUUAAAUAUUUCUUUCAUAAAUGUUUCGUUUGUUGUAUUUUCCCCAGUGAUUUUGUUUAAAUGAUUUAAGGCUAUUAUGCAUCUUCUAUAAAAAAUCUAUUUUUUUGUAGGUUAUCCUGUACUAAAAAAUAAAGUUGAGUUUAAGAAUCCCAACAAAGUUGCCAACAAAGAGGAUUGGAAUAAAUUACUCAUGGCUACAAAGGUGUGUAUUUUAUAUAUUUCCAAGGAAGGCAGAAGAAUGAAUGAAAAGCAAUUUCUUUCUAUUAAAUCUGAAUAUUCACAAUUCUUACAUAAUACAAUAUUUAUAUUUUUGAUAAAAAUUGAGGUAGGUAAAAAAAAAAAAUUUGUUUAAUGGUAUUAAUAGUACUAAAAUAGUGUUUACACUAAGGAGAAGUCAUUUGAUUUUGGGUUAACAAAAAAAACACAAAAAACACAAAAAACAUACAUGCAAGUUAAAUUUUUAAUAGAUUUCUCAUUUUAAAAUUAGGUAAAAUUAUUUCCUGGUACAAACCAUUUCACUGGAGUAAAUGAAGCUGUUAUGAUAGUACAAUAUUAUGUUGCAUCAUUUGACCUUUUCAUUUUUCCAGGUCUCACAUAGUCCAGAGCUGCAAGAUGUCCUCAAAUUUAUUAGCAGCUGGUGUGGUGCAACACCCAACCCAAGCUUUUCAUUCCAGUAAAAAAUGCAAUCCAUGCUAUUCAUUUGAAAAAAAAACAAUUUUAAAUACCACAUCGUUACUACUAUCUCUACAGUGCUUGGAAUUUAUACUGCAAACAGUUUAAAGGAUAUGUUGUCAAAUUAUAUGUUAAUUAGUUUACAAUAAAUGAAGAACUUUAUUCAAUUAUUAUCUGGAUAAAUGGCCUUGAGGAUGUCAAAAAGGGGGAUAAUCAUAAACUGAAAAAUAUUGUGACAAAUUCCUUUUUACAGUUAACAGUACCAUCUCCCCAACACUGAUACAAAUGGAGGAAAAUCAAAUUGAAAGUCUCUGAUGUUUAUUUUUUAAAAAACAACAGUUGCUAGUUCUAUUUGAUAACUUUCUGCAUUCUAACAGAAUUUCAACUUGUUGAUCAUUGUCACAUCAAGCACAUCAUCAGUCUAAACUAAACCUUGUCUCUGUGUACAUUUUGUUACUAGUAACUUAUGUCAUAAACUUUAAAACAUUUCUGUGAUAUUUUUUCCGUCCAGGAUCUCUGUAUAUAAAUGCAUUAUUCUUCAACAUAAAUUUAUGAUAAGCUACCAAAACAUAGUCAGUUUUUAUUUAUUUUUUAAAACUAAAAAUAACAUGCAACGUAAAAUUCUGAAUAAAAAAAAAAAUCUUUAUAUUCUAUUAUGUUUAUAAUUCAGAACUGUUUCAAAACUUGACGAGUUGAAAAAAAAAUGUUCUUAAACUGUUAAAUUUAAAAAAAAUAAUUUAUAUGCUUUUUAAACAAUAAAAAAAAAAUUGACUGUUUAUGAAUUGUAAAUGAAUG